AUGGCCGCGCAAAAGGCGCCGGCGCCGGGCGCUGACGCGCAAAAGGCGCCGGCGGUGACGCGCAAAAGGCGCCGGCGCCCGGAGCGGAGCGGAGCGGAGGCCAUGGCGCUGCAGCUGCUGCGGCCGCUGGCGCGGGCGGGCGUCGCAGCGCUGCGCCUCGGCGCCGCCGAGGCUGCGGCAGCCGCGCGGGGAGUGCCGCGUAACAGUCCCCUCCUUCAAGUAGCCAGGGACUAUGCCAGGCCUGUCCAGAAAAAGAAACAAGAAAUUCCCAGCCAUUUGGAUGACCUUCCUCCUACAAUGCUGAAGAAGUGUUAUGCCAUGCUCCCGGUUGCAGACAAGGUGGACGAUGUUGUAAGAAGAAUGCUGUCUCUGGAAAUGGCAACCCAGAGGGAGAAAGUAAAAAUAAAGAAAGAGCAACUGGCAGACAAAGUCCGGAAUACCCCAAAUGAUACAGGUUCCACGGAGGUUCAAGUGGCAUACUUGACGGCUAAGAUCCGCACACUCCAGGAGCACCUGCACUUUCAUCCCAAGGACAAGAGCAACAAGCGCUGUAUGCUGAUGGCCCUAGAUCAUCGGAGGAAGCUGCUGAAGAACCUGCGCAACAGCCGCUAUGACGUCUUUGAGAAUACCUGCAAGCAGCUGGGCAUUGAAUAUGUUGCCCCCCCACAGUAUCGCCGGAGAGCCACCAAGCGCUGGAUUGUCAAGAAAGCCUUGUGCAAGAGGGUCUUUCAGGAGGUGCAGAAGCUAAAAGCCGCUGGGAAACUGAAGCAGAGGCCGAAGUGCCAGGGGAGAUCUAGGGCAGGGAGAGCUACAGCAGCCCAGAAGCAGAACAGAGAGACCCCCGCGUGAGAACGUCUCGUGCCAGAGUGGAGGCGGUGCUGAGCAACAGCUUCGGAAGACACUCGCCAAUAAAUUGCUUAACUAUCCAUA